GCCGGUGGUUGAACCGGCCUCAUUCGGCAAAAGAGGCUGCGCCGAUGGUUGAACCGGCCUCAUCAUCUGUGCCGCCUGUGGAAGCUUCCACAGCUGGUGUAGUGGUGCAAGCGGCAAAAGCGGCAUACGUGGCGACAAUCGGCAGCGGUGGCAGGUGGCGGGGGCGGAGCGUCUGUGGUGGGCGAGGAGGUUGAGGCUCAAAGGGGAGGGCAGCCAUCAGAGCCGGUGGUAGACAACACGUUGCCAUCAUCACCAGCGGCUGGUGAGGAGGAGGGGGAGAGGAAAUAAGUAAAGCAGACCACCCCACCAACGCCUGCGGUAGACACAGUACAAGCACAGCAGCAGCAGCGGCACCUGCCUCGCCCAACCACACUCUCGCCAGUGGCAGGGACAAUACAAGCAACACGCCUACGGUCGAGCCCGUUACCGUCACCUCCUUUUCGCAGCAGAUGUGUUAGCGGUGGGAGCGGAGGCUAGCGGUGGUGGGGUCGGCGAAAAGAGGGUCUGCGACGGCGGCGGUGGUUCGCGGAUCAAGCGUGAUGGGACUUCCACCGAUUCAUUGGUUAACAAGCGGCGCCUAGGAGCCUUCAACAUCACUAAGGAUCGGUUUUGGUUUGCGUCUACACUUGAGCUGCAGCUGGCACUGGGCUUGUGCUAGGCAUGCCGAGGCUUCCCGGCGCUGAGGGUGUGGGUUGAAGAAGAAACAUCACCCACUUUACGGAGUUGUGUGGCUGGCGUCCAUGCAGCGGCUGUCGUUGGGGGGGCAGAUUCAAGCAGCCCAUCGGCGCCGAGGUGGUUUAACUCUUGUACCGUUUUGAAACAGGGGUGGUAGUUCGGGGACCCGCGCCUGCAUCACGCGGCCAUUUUUCCGAAUUUAGUAUUCUGCCGGCUUGGAGCACAGUGGCGCUCUUCGGGACAUGUUGGUUCUAUGCAUUCAGGAACAUCCGUCGUCACAGAUGGGUGUCAUGUGAUGCUGCGUUUCGGGGGGUCUCAUCGCUGCAGAAACAGGGAGCGUGCCAGGUUCCGUUUUUCUGCGAUUCUUGCUGAUCUAUAUAUAUUUCCUGCCUGUUGUCUGGGCUUAUCUCAUGCUUGUGUUUGUCUGAUUUUCUAACAACACACGGAGGGUGUCUCCGGUCGGUUGGAUCAGUCCGGAUGAAGAGAGUAUUGCGCAGAGAUCGAGACCAUUUUUAGGGAGAAGACACCAACAACGCCCCAAACGAAUUGUCGCGUUACAGUACGGGCCCCCGAACACCCAACUACGCCACCAAACGGUGAUGGGGAGAGCUAUCGCCGAAAGAAACUGCCUAGAAUCUCGACCAAAACCAAAUCGCUUCUAGUGUCAAGCUUGCUGCGCUCCCGCGACCUCCUUGGUCACCGCCCUUGGUUGUACACCCUCUUCCCCCGCAGAGAUACGGUUCUUAAAACAGGCCUUCUUGACUACCAAUUCGCACUGAACAACACUACAGCAAGGCAUGUCUAUUAACAAUGGUCGCAGCCGUUCAUCUUCUCCUCGACGGUGGCGAUCUGGGCGAGGGGGCGGCGUAGCUUCCAGCGCCUGUUUUCGUUCUGGCCUCGAUCGAUCGCAAACGUGGCGCAGCUUCUAUCACUUUAGCUUCCUCCUUGCAUCGCUCCCUCCCUUCCCGCGGAGUCUGGAAAACAAACACGGGGUCGGGCAUUACACGGUGUUU